UCAGCUGCGCAUCUGCGCAUGCGCGGCUUUCCAUUCCCUGCAGUCUGGGUCUGGGAAGGGCAGCGCUAAAUCCAGCUGUCCUGACUGACCAGCCGGGAAGUGAAGAGGUAUUGUGUGGCUUUCAACCCUUCUUUCAUACUUCUCUGUUUCAAGAUGAUGCAUUUCCUGUUGCUGUUCAGUCGUCAGGGUAAGUUACGUCUGCAGAAGUGGUUCCUGCCGCUCACAGAGAGAGAGAGGAAGAAGAUUGUGAAGGACAUGACCACAAUGGUGUUGGCACGGAAACCACGCACAUGUAACUUUCUGCAUUGGAGGGAUUUGAAGAUUGUCUAUAAGAGGUAUGCCAGUCUCUAUUUCUGUUGUGGUUUGGAGAACCAGGAUAAUGAACUUCUUGCUUUAGAGAUUCUGCACCGCUAUGUGGAGCUACUCGACAAAUACUUUGGCAAUGUGUGUGAGCUAGACAUCAUCUUUAACUUUGAGAAGGCGUAUUUCAUUCUGGAUGAGUUUCUGAUGGGUGGAGAGAUCCAGGAGACGUCCAAACAGUCUAUUGUAAAGUCUAUAGAGGCAUCAGAUAUGCUGCAAGAGACGAUGGAAGAAUACAUGAGCAAACCAGCCUUCUAAAAGCAGCAGAUGUGAUGUGAGGUGUCAACAGGAAAAGAGCUUUGCCUCCGCAGUGUAGGUUGUGCCCUUCAUUCAGGACAUGUUUUUUUUUUUUUUAAUGCAAGAAGUUACUGUUCAAACUUUAUCCAUGAGGGCUACAUAAGAACUUUUUGAUGUUGUUGUUGUUGUUGUUUUGUGGUAUAAACACAGUUCUCCAUUCCACUCAAUUUUAAUAUAACUGAAUCAGGGUUCUAAAGGAAUUUUGGAAUAAUACAAUGUUUUUUCAACUUAUAGAAAUAAAUGUAAUGCUGAAUUUCAAUAAUGAUAACUUAAGCAAGCACAUAGUUUUGACUGAUAAACUUAAAGAGAGAUCACCCAAAAAUUAAAAUUCUGUAAUCAUUUACAUCACCCUCAUGUCAUUUCAAACCCAUAUGACUUUCUUUUCUCCAAAAACACAGUGAAAAUUUGGAAAGAAUGUCAGCCUCAGUCACCAUUCUGUUCUAUUGUAUAAAAAUGCAGUGAAAGUGAAUGAACAUCUCCUUUUGUUACACAGAGGAAAGAAAGUCAUAUAGGUUGAAACCACAUUAGGGUGAAUAAAUGGUGACAGAAUUUUCAUUUUUGGUUGAACUAUCUUUUUAAACUUUUUAUACCAAAAUCAUUUUAUAUAAUGAUUAUACUGUAUGUUUACAAUAACCUUGAAUCUUGGUUUUAUAAAGUGCCUUUUCAUGUUAUUGAACAUGUUGCAUGUCUCAGGAGACAGUGAUCUGAAUAAAAAUAAUAUGUAUCUGUUUUAAGUAAUAUUAACAAUGCUUUGUGAGCAUGCUUUGUUGAUAUUGUCUUUAUUAAAAUAGUUUAUAUAUAUAUAUAUAUAUAUAUAUAUAUAUAUAUAUAUAUGAUUUAGUCUUAGUCGAGUGUUUGUCUCAAUUUCCUCUGUAAUGAGAUGCGACCGGUGCUGUCCAAUGUGCUGAAAUGCUGUUCUUCCUUCCAGAGACUGAAAUUUUCUGAAAAAGUCUGUCAUCCUUCACUCACCCUCAUGUUGUUCCAAAGCAGUAUGACAUUUGUUUUCUUCUGUGGAACAUGAGAUGUUAGUCUGCUUUCAUUCUGCCUAAAAUCUUAUUUUGUGUUCCAUGAAAGAACCUUUAUUUUUGUGUGAACUAUCAUUUUAACUGUCUUUUAAUAUCUCUUAUUAUAAGUCAAUGUACUUGUUUAUCUUAAAGAAGACACCCUUGAAGUUUCUUUGA